CUACUCUUCAUCCGCUCCUUCGCGCUGCACCCUUCCGAGAUAUUGACAGCUCAGUAGUACCCAGCACUCUCUCGUUGCCUUUUAGGUGGGCAUUCGUAAACCCAUGCUGAGUCAGGUUAAAGCGCUCCGAAGAAUCGGUCGGAACAAUUCGGAUACCUGAGGCGGCUCGGACAAGUCCGUCAUUGGAGAUACCGUCGAAGGCUAUCAGAAUAAGAGUAAACGGCUUCAAAUAAACUAACAAAGGAGGUUUACCCCUAUAUUUCAUGGCCGCUGGGGAUGGUGCCCAGCUGCCGGCAACAAUAGCGGCUAGCCGGAGCGUGGAGAAGGCGCUCGAGGAGGCUUCAGCUAGCGGGGCUCUGAAUCUGUCCAACCGUAAACUGAAAGAGUUCCCCCGCACCGCCAGGAACUACGACUUAUCGGACGUUACGCAUGCAGACUUGUCCAAGAACUGCCUGUGCGAGCUGCCCGAGGAGCUGUGCCACUUCAUCUCCCUGGAGACGCUCAGCCUCUACCACAAUGGCAUGCGCUCGCUCUCCUCCGGCCUGGGGAACCUCCAGGCCCUCACCUACCUCAACCUCAGUCGCAACCUCUUGUCCACCUUGCCCCCGGCGGUGUUCCAGCUCCCCCUGCUACGCGUGCUCAUCGUCAGCAACAACAAGCUGUCGUCCCUGCCUGCCUCCAUACACACCCUCACGCACCUGCGACAACUGGACGCCAGCUGCAACGACCUGCAGGCCCUACCUGCAGAGCUGGGCCAGUUGGACAGCCUGAGGGACCUGAGCCUGAGGAGGAACCAGCUCACCUCUCUGCCUGAAGAGAUCUCCGAGCUGCCGCUGGUGCGCCUGGACCUGUCGUGCAACCGCAUCUCCCACGUGCCCGUGUGCUACCGCCACCUGCGCCACCUGCAGAGCUUCCUGCUGGACAGCAACCCGCUGCAGCUGCCGCCCGCCCAGGUCUGCUCCAAGGGCAAGUACCACAUCUUCAAGUACCUCAACAUGGAGGCCUGCCGGAGGAACCAGGAGGAGCUGGAGCGCCACAUGAGGCCCACCGGAUUCACCAGCUGCCUCUCGGAUCACGAGCUGUUCUCGGGUCAGUUCGGAGGCCUGGAUUCCGGCUUCAACAGUGUGGACAGCGGCAGUAAAAGAUGGUCCGGGAACGAGUCGGCGGACGACUUCUCCGAGCGGUCCCUCCGGGUGGCGGAGGUCAGCCGGGACCAGAAGAACCUGGCUGAGGAAGAGGAGGAGGAGGAGGAGGAAGAGGCGGAGGCGCCGUCACGACCGGGGGCCCCGGCGGGUCGACUCCUCCCCCCCCUCCCCCCGGUGAACGGCGAGGCAGAGCAGGUGGACUUCAUCGACAGCAGCAUGACGGCGGAGGAAGAGGAGGACGAGGACAACCUCCCCACCCCUACUCUCGUGUCCGUAUCUCUGAUGGAAAAGAAGGAGGCGCUGUCUGCAUCCCAAACCCAGGACUCUGCUGCAUCAUGCAGGUCCAAUCUCCGGGUGGAGUUGGGCCCCGCCUCCUCAGGCCCCUCCUCCCCGUCCAGCCCCACCCUGGAGGAGAAGAGGAGGCCCAACACGCUGCUCAUCUGGCAGGAGAGGGAGCGCCAGCAGAGGGAGCGGGAGCGGUCCCGGGACGGCAUCUUGCUGAAGUCCUCGGCCAAAACAGGAAAUCAUGUGGCUUCAACACUUCAGACAGGAAACGGCACAGGUGGUGUGCAAGAGAACAGCCAUCCGCCAGGCCUAAGACAACGGUGUGCAAGUGCUGAACAGAUGUCUGCCAUACACCCCGCCACUCCCAUCCAGCGCUCUGCCAGUAGAACAGACAUGCCGUCCUCCCCCAAAACCUCCCCCCCGGGUGGGCUCACCCCGAAGCCCAACAGCUUCCUCUUCCGCGCCACCUCCCGCGGGAACGUCAAGCCCAACGGUUCCUUCCAGAACCUGGGGGAUUCCGGCCGGAGCGACUCCCGCACCACCCUGCGAGGACCGAGGGAAGAGAGGCCCGACGUCUCCAAGCUACGCAAGACUCUGGAGUCCCGUCUCAAGGUCACCCUCCCUGAGGACCUGGGAGAGGCCUUGUCCAACGGCACCGUCCUCUGCCAGCUGGCCAAUCAGAUCCGCCCGCGCUCCGUAGCCAUCAUCCACGUUCCGUCCCCCGCCGUGCCGAAGCUGAGCUCAGCCAAAUGCAGACUCAACGUGGAGAACUUCAUCACCGCCUGCCGCAAGCUGGGCGUCCCCGAGGAAUCCAUCUGUGCCGCCCAGUUGAUCACCGAGGACGAGGGCUUGGCUCGGCUGGCCCACACGGUGCAGGUCUUGGUGGACCUCGCGCCGACUGCUGCCAGCCACCGCCGCGCUAGUAGACCGGAGCCGCUAGGGGCGGACAGCUAAGCACUGCUCCAUCCUUCUCUUAGCUCCAUGUCGUCCACUGAUUUUGCUGUCAUCCAAAGGUCCAAAAUGGUACCCCAAAAACAUCAAUGAAACACUUGGUUUGUAAUCAUUGGUUGUUGAAAGUGAAAGAUGGAUUUCUUCCGUGUUUAAGAGUAAAAACAGGCGUUUAGUUCGAUUUUUUUGGUUUUCAAGUAGGCCUAUAUAAAUGAUGCACAUGGCAAGUGGAAGUCGAGCAACUUGUUUUAAAGUUGAUGCAUACUUUUUUUUUGUUAGGAUUUUAAACGUUACAUUUUUUUUACUCGUCAAACAUCUAAUUAUCAUGCAAUUGUUCAUACGUGGGCAUUAUCCCGACCAACAAUAACAGCAUAUGACUGCACUGAAUCCAUAAAAAAAAGCAUGUAUUUUCAAUCUUUGUCAGUUCCAUUCCCUGUUAUCGUCAUUCAGUAAAUUCAAAUAAAAAGCUAUAUUUUGAUCGACUAUAUGGGUAGUGACUUGAGUGUUGCUGUUUAUUCCUGUGCCCAUCAGACUCCAUCCCAGCUCUCAUAUUAAGUUGACGAAGAGAACACAGUCUAUCUCUUGUUUAACAGUUCUACCGAUAACUAUGUAUAACCCUAACCCUCUACCUAAUCAGAACCCAUUAUGAAGGGCUCAUAGGCCCCUGAGCUAUGGUUAGUUUUGGGCCUUACUAAACCUUUUAGCCCUGUUAAGCUCGGGCGCAGCUUUGAAAAUGCUUUGUAUUUUUGUUUGUUUUUAGAAAAAAAGUCGAACGUUUUUUGUAAAUCUAACAACAUGAUGUUAUUUGACCUUGGGUGUUUUGAAAGGCGCCUCUAAAUUAAAUGUAUUAUUAUUAUUAUUAUUAUUUCAAAUCAUGACGUCACAAGGGUGCAGCUGAUAGAGCUGUUUAUAGCGACCCCUGGAGUCCUGUCACGAUAGGUCUUCACUGGAGCUUGACGUAGAGUUGGAAGCCGAACAAUGUCAUGUGAGUUUUAAUGCCGCGUUUCCACUGCAGGGUGCGGAACGGAUCGGAUCGCAAAGGUGCGGUAGGGAGGGGGCGGUAUAGCCCAGCUCAGUUCCGAGGUCGCGUUUCCACUGCUGACAGUACCCUUUGUGGUAGGCCGGAUGUCGAUCGCCGCGGCAGCUAGGUAAACAUCGUAAACAACGUCUUCCUCCCCAAGAAUGCAGACGAACGUCUCCACCUCCUUGUUCGCCCAAGCAAGCGUUUUACGCGACAUGUUAAUUGUAAAGAAUAAUACCCCGAGGCUACUGUUUGUUUGUUUUUAUCCCCGCACCACCCGGAAGUGAUGAUUCUGUCGACCAAUCAACGGAGGGGGUGUGUAGCUAGAAUUUCCCGGGACCCUUUCAGGCGUCCGGUCUCGUUUUCGGUACCCCAACUGAGAAGUCCCGAGAAAGGGGCCGGAACGGGUACGGCAAAGUCCGGGUCACGCCCACUUUUGGCGGUGGAAACGCGACCCGACCCGCACCUUUGCGAUCCGAUUCGUUCCGCACCCUGCAGUGGAAAAGUCAACUAUAAGUCAACUAUAACCGCCGGCCACUUGGUAGUGUCUCGACGGUGCAGCGGUGAGUGCUGUUGGAUUGGUAGCGCUCGAGACCGGGGUUCGAGUCCUGGCACACUAGAUCAUUCGGCCUGAGCGAUGUCAUGUGGUCUGAGUGACAAACAUCAUUCAGACCAAGAUUGAGUGAGUGACAGAGUGAAGUCUGAAGAUUAAGCUUACUACCACAAGUAUUUAAUGUUAUAUGUAACCAGACGUAGGCUACUCGAGGGAAAUUGAAAUUGAGUCGAAGUACUUUGGCGGGCGGAGCCAGGCUAGGAGAUCUGGGGAGUGUGUAAAAAAACAACACAGAUCUUUCAAGAACGAAGCACCGAGAACCAGCCUGGCGUGGAUUCUACUGUGUGACGAAAUGGUGGGGAAAUAGUGUUGCCCAAUCUGGCAACACUGGUCUCCACCACCCCCUCUAGGUGAACAACAACCUCCGCUUCCACAUCCAGCAGGCGGAACCGCCUGUCUGCUUGUGUGUGCUGACUCAAUCCCCUGAAGAACGGUAUGAAUUGAGAAUCAGGAGGGGGGUCUAUUUGAGUUUGCAUGAUUGUAUGAUAAUUGCUUUCUUUUAUUUAUCCCAUAUUGUAUUCACCGGAAGAAACAAAGUGGAAUGGGUAGUCCACAAGCCGGUGUUCACGAGAGUUUCAACUGCUACUUUGCAAAGUAGCACUUAUUUCUGGACUGUGUGAAUUGUAAAGUCAAGUAUAACCUCCAAAACAUCAAGAUCUGUGUCUUGGUGGUAUGGUGGUAAGGCUGUGGGUUAACACUCUGCAGGUGCAGGUUCGAGUACCCGCACGCACGGCUAAUAAGAAUGAUGAGUUUUCAGACACUAUGUAUGUUCAGGUGCCCUGCUCCGAACCAGGGUUCAAGAGGUACCUUAAUGGCCACAUCUUAUCUCUCUAUCAUGUGAAUGGUAAAGUCA